AUGAAGCUCACACAUAUUGCAACCGCCCUGGGAAUGUCCCACCUCGCAGCAGCCGGCAUCGCCGAAACCACCGCCAGAGGACCCUACAGUGCAGCCUUCGACCAACACUGCGGCAACGACCAAACGCAAGGAACGCUCACCGUCGACGGAAAGACGUUUUCCUACUACUGCAAUGUCGCCCAGAGCACCGGCAGCAGUCAUUACAUCAAACUGAGCACUCCCGAAAGGUGCAUCGACGUCUGCGACGACGACGAUGACUGCGAUACGGCGGUGUGGGAUCGCUCCCAGGGACAGUGCUGGCUGGGCCAGGGUACUGGGGACCGCGUCCCUUACGCUGGCCGCAUGGUCAUCGCGGAGCUGGAUCCGCUGGCUAAGUGUGAGGCUAGCCUGGCUAAAUACAAGCCUGGGGCGCCGACCUGCGCGGCUAGUGAUCGGAAGAUCGCAGAGGUGGACGACACGAGCUUCUACCUCGUUUGUGGUCAAGUACCCACGACCAUGACGAAGCAGACCGGCACUUUCAACAGCCUGGAAGAUUGCCUUAGAAAGUGCACGACUGACUCGAACUGCUCGUUUGCAUCAUUCGAGAACAAGCAACUGCUAUGCUACCACAGCGCGGAGGAUUUUGUUUCCUCCAAACCAAACAACUAUGCAGACUGGGAGACUGGUGUCAAGAUUCCUAGGUAG